AUUUUACUGUACAUUUCAUUUAAGUUAUGAACAUUAAGUGGAGAUAAAUAAAAAAAACCACAGUUAAGUACGAUAAGGUUAUUGUGUGGGUAAAGCUAGCGACUGUCCGACGUCGCCUGUCAAGACUUCUGGCGACUUGUGUGCGGGCUGAGAGCAAGCGAGCAGGCCGCCCACACCAAAUCUCUUUAGGCUACUUUGCGCAUGUACCGCCGCUCACAGCCAGCAUUGCAUCGACUCCAAGAUGGCGAAAGCACGUCUGGUGUGCCUCCUGACUCUCCUCUCAACUCACUGCUACUUCAGCGCAUUAGCCGUGGUACUGAAGACAGACAACAACUCACCGUGGACGGAUGAGUUUGACAGAGUUGAGCUAUCGUGUUUGAUCGACUCCAUUUCCACUCACAAUCCCAGAAUCGAGUGGAAAAAGAUCAAACCUGAGGGACCAAGCUAUGUGUACUUUAACAUGAAGGUUUCAGGCGACUUGGCCAACCGAGCGGUGAUCAGAGAGCCGGCGACGUUGGUAAUAACCAACGCCACGCGAUUGGACACGGCCAAAUAUCGCUGCGAGGUCACGGCUGCGGAUGACCAGAAGUCCUUUGACGAGAUUGUGAUUGACCUUGUCGUUCGAGUUAAACCGGUGGUUCCGAAAUGCAGCGUUCCCAAAUCGGUACCUUUUGGGAAGUCGGCAGAGCUGAGUUGCGUGGAGGAAGAAGGCUUCCCAAAGUCACAGUACCAGUGGUUCAAGAACAAGGAGGAGAUUCCUGACGAUCCCAAGAGCAGCCACAAAUUCUUCAACUCCUCAUACACACUCAACUCGGAAUCAGGAAUUCUGAAGUUCAUCUCGGUCAGAAAAGAAGACGCAGGCGAGUACUACUGCCGAGCAAGAAACGACGCAGGAUAUGCUGAGUGUGCGCCGCAGAAGAUGGAAGUCUAUGAUAUCGAUGUUGUGGGGAUUAUCCUUGGAGUGGUGGUAGUGGUGCUGGUGCUCUUAUGUAUAUCAGCCGGAAUCUGCUGUGCAUACAGACGAGGCUACUUCGCAAGUCAAAAACAGGCGGGGAACAAUUACAAAGUUCCAGCUAAAGGAGAUGGAGUGGACUAUGUCAGGACGGAGGAUGAGGGAGACUUCCGACACAAAUCGUCAUUUGUGAUCUGAAAAAAAAAAAAAGACGAGAGGACAUCAGCGGCCAAUGUGCCAAGUGUGAACGUGACGGGCGGGACAGGCGUCCACGCCUCACCCAACGGAGCCGCCACAGUUCAGGCUCCGAGCUCUCUCGGCAUGACUGAAAUCCAACUUUUCCAAAUCCAACCGUUUGCCAAAGGUGACAAGGUUUGACAGGACAACUCUUUGCAAAAACUCUUUUCUCGGAUCUGAGUUUGAUUUUUCGCCAGCAAUCUGAAUCUCUUCCUCAACUGUGGACUUUAAAGUUAUUUCCUGGUUGCACAUUCGACUUACACCCAAAUCAGCCAAUCCUGACACAUCUCGACACAACGAUUCAAACUUUUUUUUUUUAUCUACUGUUGAAAUUUGUCACUCUAUUUUUGAUGGAAUAUAUUUUAAAUGCCUAUAGAUAAAGGUUUACUUUUUUAAAUAUUUGUAAAAUACUAACUGUGUUUUUUUUUUAAUUCUAAUUAUUAUUUGCUUGUGGGUUUAAAUAUGUUACUUUAACCACUUUGUCAGCCUGUAAGCAUUUAUACCUUAAAAGAAGGACAAACGGAAGCAGACUCGUGUCGGCAUAUCAACGUGUGUGGUUCAUGAUCGGCGGUCAUGUUUUAAAAACUCUCCGCUGGGAUUGCCCAACCCCCCCCCCCCGGUUCCGUUGUCAGACGCCUCCGGUUUUCUUUGUUAGAUAGUCUUAGCGAGAGGCUUUGAAGAGUGCCAGUCAAAUGCUGUGAAACACUGUACAUGAUCAGUGUGCUGUGUUUUCUUGAUUUUAAGUGUCCUUCUAUGCUUGCUGUUCAACUUGUAUAUAUUGAAUUUUCUGUAAAGAGUGUCGUUGUCACCCCCGGGCGUUGAGUAUGAGACAGGCCGUGUGAGUUAGCUGGGGGAAAUAAUCCGAAAUUCACGCCAAACACGAAGGUAGCACAAAAUGUAUACCUAGUAGCGAAAUAAUGUGAAGUUGCGUUUGAUGUGUGCGGAAAAGUGAAUCGUAUCAUAUCGUUAGCAUUCUGGGGAUUUGUGGCAAAACCAAAAAGUGACUGAGCAUAAAAAAAAAUAAAAAUAACAUCGACUCUACGUGGAAGCAACGAGGCAAGAAGGGAGAGUAGACGAAACUAUAAUGAAGAAAAGUAUGACUUAUAGUCUGGAAAAUACGCUACAAUCUGGCAUCUUCCUGCUACAUAUCGAUAUCAACUGAUAUUACUAGGGAUGUCUAUUAAUUAUCGGUACCGAUAAUUAUCGAAUAUCAGAUAUCAGUAUUUUUACAUCACUAUCAAAAUAUAAUAUCGGUCGAUAUCGUAUCAACUGAUAUUACCAGUGAUUUCCAAUAAUUAUAGGUACUGAUAAUUAUCAGUAUCAGAUAUCAGUAUUUUGAUAUCACUAUCAAAAUAUAAUAUCGGUUGAUAUCAUAUCAACUGAUAUUACCAGUGAUGUCCAAUAAUUAUAGGUACUGAUAAUUAUCAGAUAUCAGUAUCAGAUAUCAGUAUUUUGAUAUCACUAUCAAAAUAUAAUAUCGGUCGAUAUCAUAUCAACUGAUAUUACCAGUGAUGUCCAAUAAUUAUAGGUACUGAUAAUUAUCGGAUAUCAGUAUUAGAUAUCAGUAUUUUGAUAUCACUAUCAAAAUGUAAUAUCUGUCGAUAUCAGUAUCAACUGAUAUUACUAGGGAUGUCUAAUAAUUAUAGGUACUGAUAAUCAUUGGAUAUCAGUAUCAGAUAUCAGUAUUUUUACAUCACUACCAAAAUAUAAUAUCGGUCGAUAUCGUAUAAACUGAUAUUACCAGUGAUGUCCAAUAAUGAUAAUUAUCGGAUAUCAAUAUCAGAUAUCAGUAUUUUGAUAUCACUCUCAACAUGUAAUAUCGGUCGAUAUCAGUAUCAACUGAUAUUACUAGGGAUGUCUAAUAAUUAUAGGUACCGAUAAUCAUUGGAUAUCAGUAUCACAUAUCAGUAUUUUGAUAUCAGUAUCAUAAUGUAAUAUCGGUUGAUAUCAGUAUCAACUGAUAUUACUUGGGAUGUCUAAUAAUAAUAGGUACCGAUAAUUACCAUUUAUCAGUAUCAAUAUCAGUAUCAGAUAUUAGUAUUUUGAUAUCAGUAUCAUAAUGUAAUAUCGGCCGAUAUCAGUAUCAACUGAUAUUACCAGUGAUGUCUAAUAAUAAUAGGUACAGAUAAUUAUCUGCCUGAUAUUAAUAUAAAAAUGUGGUAUCGGUCAAUAUCAGUAUCUGAUUUUUUUCCCGAUGAUGAAAACUGAUAUUAAAAAAAUGCUGUCUCCAACACGUAUUGAUUCCACCACAGGAGAUAUGUCAUGUUACAUGAUAUCGGUAUCGCCUGAUAUCAGUAUCAAAAAACCUAUGUCCACACUAACACAGAUGUUCUAAAAAUGCAUAUUUUUGUUCGUGUUUUAGCCUUUUGUUCAAGGGAAAAACUCUUUAUAAAAAGUCAAGACGGGUAAAAACUAGGAAUACCGGUAACUUUUUAUAUGUAGUAUUUUUCUAAUUUAGAUUUAACUGUAGUUUUUGCACAAGUGGAGCUAGCGUUGACUCAAACAAAGUGAAUUUGACUAGCCGUACCUGUAGAUUUAUCACUACUAUUAACAUAGAAAACAGUUUUACUAGCCGACAAAAGCCGGUAUCUUCAACGAUGGUAAAAAAAAAAGCUCGUCAUCCAGCGCAUAUCAAUGAUUGACUCUGGCAAACUUUUUUGCACUUUUUAAACGCCGCGGCGAUAGGAACAAGCCCCCGGACGUCUUAAGUGACGCUGGUGUUACUGGUGGCUGAUGUAUUUUUUUUUUUCCUCGUCACGGAAUGUUUGGCACAUUUGUCAGAAGGUCUUCCUUUGAUUACAGGAUCAACGCCAUGUUUGUUUACAAGUGAGCUCAAGUCUGUGGCACGUCACAGGAAAAAAAAAAUCAGCGCUUGAUUUGCUCACGCUAACUCACCUACAGCACAGUAUGGGUAAUCUCACCUCAUUGGAUCUUUCUUCAUCGGUUAACCAUAAUUAUGUAACUUAAUUUUUUAUUAGUUUUGUCAUAAUAUUACACUUUAAAUGACAUUUUCUUUAACAUUUCAACUUCAUACUGCUAAAAUAGAACUUAGCUAAUUAAUUUUUGUUAAGAAUACGACUUUUUUUCUUGAUGUUUUGAAAAUCGUUGCUGUUGUUUUGUAAAUAAUUUCAAAUUUGUUCUCGUAACACUUGUUCAGCAACCUAAGUUUCCAAAAAAAAAUCAAAAAUCACAUUUUUGUUUGUUUAUCAUCAUUAGAGAUGUCCGAUAAUCAUCGGUACCGGAAUCAGCAUACAAUUGCAAUAUCGGUUGAUAUCGAUAUCAGAUUUUUUCAAGACCGAUAUUACUAAAAUGUAUACAACACAUAUGUGUGUUCAUUCCACCACACGAGAUAUGUCACGUUACACAUAUCGAUCUUGGUAUCGGCUGAUAUCGGUAUCGGAAAUUGAGUCUGUUUUCAGCAAAAAAAAAGCCAAUAUGCAACAUCCCUAGUCAUAAUAUUAUAACUUUAAAAAACUUCCUUUUUCUUUGAUAUUUGUCAUUAUGCUACUAAAACAAUAUUUUGACUUUAUUCUUAUAAAAUUACUGCUAUUUAUAGAGUGUGCUGCGGCCCAAUAAUAAGUAAAUAAUAAAUAAGUCAACUCUGACUGUGGAUGAGGGCGGCACGGCGGUCGAGUGGUUAGCGCACAGACCUCACAGCUAGGAAACCAGGGUUCAAUUCCACCCUCGGGCAUCUCUGUAUGGAGUUUGCAUGUUCUCCCCGUGCAUGCGUGGGUUUUCUCCGGGUACUCCGGUUUCCUCCCACAUUCCCAAAACAUGCUAGGUUAAUUGGCGACUCCAAAUUGUCCAUAGGUAUGAAUGUGAGUGUGAAUGGUUGUUUGUCUAUAUGUGCCCUGUGAUUGGCUGGCUGGCGACCAGUCCAGGGUGUACCCCGCCUCUCGCCCGAAGACAGCUGGGAUAGGCUCCAGCACCCCCCGUGACCCUCGUGAGGAUAAGCGUUAGAAAAUGAAUGACUGAAUAAAUAUUGCCAAAAAAUAAAUGUACAAAAAACAGACAUAAUAUAUAUAAUAUAUAUAAUAUUUUUUAAAAUUACUUAAAAUAUUAAUUUAGAUGUAUUUUGAUUUCUAUUAGUUUACAUAUUUUUAUUACAUUUUUUUGAAAAUGUAAAAUAAUUUUAUUACUUAUUACAGUUACAAUCCACUGCAUGGUGUAUUAGUGGUUAGCUUGAUGUAUGCUGGCUGGUGGCCAGUCCAGUGUGUACCCCGCCUCUCGUCCGAAGACAGCUGGGAUAGGCUCCAGCACCCCCGCAACCCUUGUGAGGAAAAGCGGUAGAAAAUGAAUGAAUGAAUGACUUUGGAUGAGUUAUUUCAACACUAUAUCAACAAACCGGCAUUAUAAUGCACGACCGAGUCCACUGUGAUUCCUUUUUCAGGCUUCUGAUUGGACAAAAUGCAUAUUUUUCUUAAAAGAACCAGAAUGCGGAAAUUGCAUUUUUUCAAUUAUCCAUGUUUGUGUGGACAUGGCUCAAUCAUCAAGUGUUCCUCGUUGCUCCACCUGGUUUAGUAAUACACAAACCUCUCACCUUUUAGGUUCAUUUCUGCACGUUUUAAAUAGAAGCACAAUAAAGAACCGAGAGACCUAGCAGCCUCUUAUCAACAUAGCCUAUAAUUACUUGAGGUACGAUUUCACAGCACAGCACACACAAUGGGCGACCACGCUAUUUAGCAGAAACCUAAUAAAUAUUCACUGAGUAGAUUUAGUCUAAAUAAACUAAAUGUUAACGAAAGCGGGUACAAUAAAGUUUAAUGUUACAUGAAUUGCUCUCAGGGGUCUGAAGGGGUCAGCAAUGUCACCGAUUGUCUUGUCAGUUGUUUCAUUUCCUUUCAAGAUGAUGUCUGUGAAAGUUGUCAGUCGUGAAGUACAAUCCGGCGUCAGUCAUGACCGUUUGCCAAGUGGCGACCGGCGUACCUCGUCGCGCCGCCCCGUAUCGUACCCGACAUACUGGGAUGUGGUGUAGAAAAUAUGCUUAUGAGGAGGUGAUAUAAAAGGUUCCAUUUGUAAGGCUGGUAAAAAGGUAACAUUAAACCGGGACAUUCAUAGCAUGCGGGGCUAAAUGUGACACCCGUGUCUGAGCACUGAGUGGGGUGUUCUUAAACAGCUGAGCGCUGCACUCGUUGCCCUUCCUUCUUGUCAUCUUUUCAAGCACCAAAACAAGAAGAAAUCCUGCUAAUUCCAUCCCAUCAUCCAAUGUUACCUUUUCACUGCUUUGUUUAAAACCAGGGGUGUUCAAAGUGUGGCCAUUUCCCAUUUUUAUUGAUCCUUGGCAUAACUCAGUCCGCUACAAACCCUCACUCUAGAUUGACGUUGAUGUUCUCCUCUCAUUUCGGAUCAACAUUUGCAAUUAUUACUAGGGAUGUCCGAUCAUUAUGGGCCUGAUAUCCAUAUCAAAAUGUAAUAUCAGUCGAUAUCUGUAUCAACUGGGGAUGUUUAAUAAUUAUCGUCUAAUUGUCGAAGUCUAAUAAUUAUCGGAUAUCAAUAUCAGUAUCAGAUAUAAGUUUUUUGAUAUCACUAUCAAAAUGUUAUAUUGGUCGAUAUCGGAAUCAACUGAUAUUACCAGUGAUGUCUAAUAAUUAUCGGUACCGAUAAUUGUCGGAUAUCAAUAUCAGAAUCAGAUAUCAGUAUUUUUAUAUCACUAUCAAAAUGUAAUAUCGGUCGAUAUCUGUAUCAACUGAUAUUACUAGGAAUGUUUAAUAAUUAUAGGUACCGAUAAUUAUGAGAUAUGAGUAUCAGAUAUCAGUAUUUUGAUAUCACUAUCAAAAUGUAAUAUAGGUCAAUAUCAGUAUAAACUGAUAUUACUAGGGAUGUCUAUUAAAUAUUGGCACUGAUUAUAAUCUGAUACCAGUAUCAGAUAUCAGUAUUUUGAUAUCACGAUCAAAAUGUAAUAUCCGUCGAUAUCGAUAUCAACUGAUAUUACUAGGGAUGUCUAUUAAUUAUAGGUACCGAUAAUCAUUGGAUAUCAAUAUCAGUAUCACAUAUCAGUAUUUUGAUAUCAGUAUCAUAAUGUAAUAUCGGUUGAUAUCAGUAUCAACUGAUAUUACGAGGGAUGUCUAAUAAUAAUAGGUACCGAUAAUUACCGUUCAUCAGUAUCAAUAUCAGUAUCAGAUAUUAGUAUUUUGAUAUCAUAAUGUAAUAUCGGUCGAUAUCGGUAGUGGUGUCUAAUAAUUAUAGGUACCAAUAAUUAUUGCAUAUCAAUGUCAGACAUCAGUAUCACAAUGUAAUAUCGGUCAAUAUCAGUAUCAACUGAUAUUACCAGUGAUGUCUAAUAAUAAUAGGUACAGAUAAUUAUCUGCCUGAUAUUAAUAUAAAAAUGUGGUAUCGGUCAAUAUGAGUAUCUGAUUUUUUUCCCGAUCAUGAAAACCGAUAUAAAAAAAAUGCUGUCUCCAACAUGUAUUAAUUCCACCACAGGAGAUAUGUCAUGUUACACAUAUCGGUAUCGCCUGAUAUCAGUAUAAAAAAAAACUUGUAUAGCCAGUAUCGGACAUCCCUAAUGAUUAAAUCCAUUCAGCUCCAGAACCCUCCCCUUCUCUCUUCAGUUGCCAUUGUUCACUAGCAACAGAAGCUAACAAGAAGCUAACAAUGUUGUUCCUCUAGUCAAGUGUCUGAGGCAGUGUGGCGGUCCCAGGAAAGUAUACGCCAUUCCUUUAUGGACGAAGUGGGGAAGAGCCUACUUUGGAUUGCUUUUAGCGUCUUUAAAUGUACAAAAUGUAUCAAAAUGUAUCAAAACAGCCCAGCGUCCUCAAAUUUUGUCUGCGGUUGAAACUUUGAACGCCCCUGCUUUAAAUAUUAAAACGGCAGCAAGAAGAGCUAAAAUGAGUUUUACCACAAAGUCAUUUCAGUUGACUGAUGGAUAGCGACUGAGGUAUAGGAGUCACGCAUACGCCCCCACCCCCCCAUCUUCAUUUAUACAAAUUUCAUUCCUCCCAAGUGCCUUCUGCCUUUAAAAUAGAUGGCCGCCCACAUCUGUGCGUGAUGCGUUGGUAUUUUGCAUUCAUUUCCAAGCGUGGCGUUUGAGAGGAAUGAUGUCACUGCAAAUUUCAUGUGCAAAUUUGUACUUUAUUUUUUUUUUCCAUAGAUUAGACUAGACAUACUGAAGUAGACAUGGAAAACAUAUCAGUGCCUAAAUAUAGUAUUUGGGGGGUGGUGUGGGUGGGGGGGUAUUUUUGGUAAAGACACAUCACACUAUGAAGUAAAUCACGUAUGAGCGCGACAAUGGUAAAGCAUUCUAUCAACAUAUUUAAGGGCAAUCUCAACCAAGCUGUCUUUCUACUGUAUGUGUCUUUUAUCAUUCACUCUGUCUUGGGGUUUUGGUUUUUUUUUUGGGGGGGGGGGUCUGAACUCAUACUGUGUAACGUCUUUGGAGGGCUCGCUGGGGAUCAUUAGUGCAUUCUAGAACCACUUUAUUUGUGAUUAAUAAAACUCACUUCUAAUAUUACUGGAGAUGUGGGUUUGUUUUUGUUUUUUUUGGACGCAAGUUGUCCCUAGAGCAAUGCUUUUCAAAUCAAUUUUAUGUUUUAUAAGGUUGGCAGGUUGUCUUAAAUGACUUAUUUUAUGUGAUUAUGUCUACUAUGUUCGGUAAUAUGAGUGUAAUGGUGAAUAUAGGGGUGCUAUUUCAUGUUCAGAGGUUUCUAAUAAUGCUUAUGUGUGAUUAUUUAGAAGUUGGAAACAGGUUAUGUAUGCUGUAACUACUACAUUCAUUCAUUCAUUGAUUCAUUUCCUUAUCCUCACAAGGGUCGCAAGGGGGUGCUGGGGCCUACCCCAGCUGUCUUCUACACCCUGGACUGGUGGCCAGCCAAUCACAGGGCACAUAUAGACAAACAACCAUUCACACUCACAUUCAUACCUAUGGACAAUUUGGAGUCGCCAAUUAACCAGUGGCUAAUAGUCUAAAAAUAAAGAAUUCAUUUCAAGAAAUGCUGCAAAUGUUUGACAGACAGUAUGAAUGACAUGCACAAACUGUCACAAACGUGUCACAAACUGAACGAUGAUAAUGCAAUAUUUCCUUUACUAUAUCAUGAUAUGGUAUCAUAAAUUUUGGACUAUUAAUAUUAAUAUAUUUUGUGGCCGUAUUCAACCACAAAACAGUAAUUAAUUCAUUCAUUUUCUUCCACUUAUCCUCACGGGGGGGAGUGCUGGAGUGGAGGUGAGCGUCUCCUGGGUGGCAUGACACAAAAUAAUUAGGAUUCCUUAUUUAUAAAUACAUUUAUGGAAAAAAAAUUAUAAAAACAUUUUAUAAAUGUAAUAUUUUUGUAGUUAGAGCACAGAAAACUAGUUCCAGUUUCUGAUCUUCCAAAUAUCACACAUAAACAUUAUUAGAGCCUUCUGGACAUGAAAUAACACCCCUACAGUUACCUUUACACUCGUAUUACCCAACACAACAUGUCAUUUUAUUUUUAAUAAUACGUUUUUUUGACUGAUUAAUUUAUUGCUUCUAUUAAAAAGAUGAAGUCAGCUUUUUUUGAGAUAUUACUGGACAGCAUUUGGAUGUCGUUACUUUCCAGCAUGUAAUAUUUCAUAAAGACGUUAUUUCCGGGAAGGCAGUCUGUUUGUACAAAGCGCGGUGUCACACACUAUCUGUAUUCUUCCAGCACAACACAGCACGGCUGUAUUUUCAGAAAAAUCCCGCCAGCGAGGCCGUGACCUUUCCCUUAAUCCACUGUUUUCAGCCGCUCACCGCCUGAAUGCCACACAGCACAACGGUGCUCUUUCCUCUUCUGACCCUCAGAGAACAAACAAGCUUUUCCUUUUGCUAAAUGCUCAGAUGGCAGCCUUUAAUUCUAACGUUCGACCAAUCGCCAUGUCUGCUCCCUCAAAGAUCACAUGUACCUGUACUUCCUGUUUCCUGCCCACAGCCACUAUAAUGCCAAUCCGUAGGAGUGUAAUAAUAUAGAAUGAAAUAAUAAUGUAUUAAUAAUACUAUGAAUGACUUAGUAAAUGUGCUGUCGGUAGAAAUAAAAAGGAGCAUCAACACAGCGACAGCAUGGCGCUGGCAGAUCAGAUCAGCUGAGAGGUCAAGCCAUGAGA